AUGGCGGACAACAUCAAUGAGCUGCUGAAGGAGCUGAACCCAGCUCAACUCCAGGCCGUCCAGCACCCGCCGCAAAUACCCCUUCAGAUUCUCGCAGGACCGGGAAGCGGAAAGACCAAGGUGCUCACCAUGCGCAUUGCGCACCUUAUCACAAACUGCUACCACCCACCAUGGUCCAUCUGUGCCGUCACCUUCACGAACAAGGCCGCGAACGAGAUGCGCGAGCGGCUCGUCAAGCUCGUCGGCAAGGACAACACGGCCCAGAUCAGGAUGGGGACCUUCCACGCCCUCUGCUGCAACUUCUUGAGGAGAUACGCCAGAUACGUGGGGAUCGAGGGGAACUUCACCGUGUGUGAUGCGGACGAGAGCAAGAAGAUUGUCGCGAAGCUAUUGAAGCCACACCAGGAGCGACUGAAGGGUCGCAACCUCACUCUCAAGGAGGCUACCGUGCUGUCUAUGAUCUCGAAGCUCAAGGCCAAGGGUAUGACUGCCGACGAUGCCCUGGCAAAGGUCGCAGAGGCUAACGCACGCCCUGCGGAGGAGCGGAUAAGGAGGAGGAUGGAGCGCGGUGCUAAUGACAAUGCUAAUUUGCUGGAGGGCGAUCUCGGGGAAAUCAUCGCAGCCAUAUACAAAGAGUACGAGAAGACGCUUCGGGAAGCUAACAGCCUUGACUUCGAUGACUUGCUCGUGUUCGGGGUCAGGAUGUUUGCCGGGCACAAGAAGGCGUCGGCAUGGUGCCGCCAUGUCUUGGUGGACGAAUACCAGGACACCAACACCACACAAUAUGAGCUCAUGAAACACAUCGCACAGGUGUCGAAAUGCGUAACCAUCGUAGGAGACCCUGACCAGUCCAUCUAUGGAUGGCGAUCCGCAGAGAUCACGAAUCUAGCUAACAUGCAGCGAGACUUUCCAAAUACGCAACAGAUAUACCUCGAGACCAACUAUCGCUCCACCGCGUCAAUCCUCGCUGCCAGCAUGGCCAUUAUCUCGCAAGACAAGAACCGCAUACAGAAGACACUCAACACCUCGCAUCCCAAGGGCCCCCUCCCAGUCCUCCGCGCGUUCCCGAUGGAGCAGGUCGAGGCCGGCUUCAUCGCCGCAGAGAUCAAGAGGAUCAUCGCCUUCACGGGGGGCAUGCUCACCUGGAGCGACUUCGUCGUCUUGUUGCGCUACAACGCGCACUCGCGAGUCAUCGAGGCCGCCUUGCAGAAGGAGGGCAUCCCGAACAGGGUAUUGGCAGGGCAUAAGUUCUUCGAGCGCAUGGAGGUCAAGGACGUUCUCGCCUACCUCCAGCUCAUCGACAACCCAGCGUUCGUCCCCGCCUUCACGAGGGUUGUGAACGUCCCCUCGCGGACAGUCGGCGAGAAGACCGUAGCCGAGCUGCUCCACCGCGCCUCUCAGCUCAAGCUCCCGCCGCUCACCGUCGUCGAGCGCAUCGUCGAGGGCAAGAUCCCCGACAUCAAGCCGCCCGUGAAGCGCAAGCUCUCCUCGUUCGUCGACACGCUCCGCGACCUCCGCCGGUACGCGCACGAGGGCAUGUCGCCCACGAAACUCAUCACCGCGCUCGUCGACCUGGUGGGCUACCAGGAGCACCUGCGGAAGACGCAGCCGGAUCACGAGAGCCGAUGGGAGAACGUGCAGGAGCUGAUCAACUUCGCGAGCGAGGUGGAGAACGGGAUGGACGCGAAGGCGGGGAGAAGGAUGGAGGAUGCGGCGGAGAGGGCGCAUGAGGAGCUGUGGGGGGAUGGGUUGGGGGAGUGGGAUCGGGACCAGGUUGAAGAGGACGGCGAGGGGGAUACGCCUUUGCGGCAUUUCUUGCAGGCGUCGAUGUUGUCGACGGAUACCGAGACGCCGGAGGAUGAGAAGAGCAAGGACAAAGUGACGAUAUCGACGUGCCAUGCGGCGAAGGGCCUUGAGUGGGCCGUGGUCAUGAUACCUGCUGUCGAGGACGGCGUUUUCCCUUCAGCACGCUCAGAAGACACGGAAGAAGAACGACGGUUGCUCUAUGUGGCAUGCACUCGAGCGCAGGGUCUAUUAUACCUGACUCAUGCGACGUCGCGCAUGAUCGCCGGCGAGCAGAAGCCCACGGAUUUAUCCCCCUUCAUCGCCGAAGUACGCGGCGACCACCAGACGAGAGGUGUCUUUUCAGAGGAACUCCCUUCUCUCCCUGGGCAAGACCGGACGACGAUCUGCAAAGUCCUCGGCCGUCCGCCCCCGGACGAGACCGAGGUCAAGCGGAGAGUGGCAGAGUUUACGCAGACGGGCCGACAUCCUGUGUGGGGGAUGAACGCCCCUUUCCGAGACGUACCUGGCGUACCGCACAAUGGUUAUGCCGUGCCCGCGCGGUACCCUGGCCAGCAGGCGCAAGCGGGACAGCAAUCUUGGGGUGGUGGUGGCGGUGGACAGCGAUUGGGAGGAGUCCCUGGCUCUAUUGUUGAGCCUGAUCCUGACGGCUUGGAAGCUGUGCUCGGUACGGCUGGGCCCGUCAAACGAGACCCAGAUGGGCCUCAAGAACCUCCGAUGUUCGUAGCGAGCAGCAUCCUCCAUUUCAACAACGCACACCGCGCGGGCAUCAUCCAGAGUGCACAGCAGGCAUCGACUGCCGCUCAGCUAUCAAACCAAGCCGCGCGUGCUCACGCGAAACUUUCUUCUACACCGUCCAGCAGCCGCAAGGGCAGCGCGAACCUUCAGGCACCUCUUGCUUCCUCCAGCAGCCGGGUUGUGAAUACGGCCAGCUCCCCCGCGUCCAGAGGCGAUAUUCGCGAUUGGUUCGGACAGCAAGACGUCGACUCGCAGGGCUUGGACCUUUCGUCGAAGGCCAAGGGGAAGGCAAGAGCAGCCGAGGCUUAUCUAGCUAUGUCAUCUUCGAAGGCUACGCCGACACCAGCCAAACCUGCGUCGAGGGUACCUGCUCGUCCUUUAGGCAUGACGGCGAGUGUAGCCCGUGUGAAGAUGGAGAAGACCGAGCCUACUCUCGUCAAGACAGAGCAUCUGGAACCUAGCCAGCUGAGGCUGAAGCGAGAACCCUCAAUAGAAGAGCCUCCUCUAGGUUUAACGCAACGAGUGAGGCCUGCCGGAGUGCAGGGCAAGUCAAUUUCAGGACGUAUCAAGUCUGAACGAUUCGACCUUGAGCUCCCGAGCGGACGACAACCUCUCGUGGAGGCUACACCGGCUUCCCUCGCUCGCUCCUCAACCUUCUCGCCACGUUCGGUUCCAGGCACAGGCCGCGUAGUCACCGUUAAACCUCCGUCUACCCCAUCUCCCUUCUCUUCUGGCCAAUCUCUACCAUCGUCAAGCUCCGCUUCGAGCAGCAAGUCCCCGUCCGCGGCACCGGUGGAGAUAAUCGACGUAGAUGCCCUAGAUGAUCCUCCCGUGAAGCCAAUGACGACGAAGCGGCGACUUGGGAUGGGUCGUGCAACAAGGGGCUACGCGAACAAGAAGUUCAAGCCACUUAUGCCGAACGGCCCAUGAACGACUGCCGCAUGUCUCCUGAGCGUAGUUCGGCCACUUCGACAUUGGUAUCAGUACCAUCUGCGUUCUUCGCACUGCUAUGUUUUCC